AUGGGGGAGAUGGUCGUGCUCAAGGGCGUCAUGAAGGGGCAUGCGGACAUGGUGACUGCCAUCGCUGCCCCGAUCGACAACUCGGAUAUGAUCGUGUCCUCUUCGCGGGACAAAUCCAUCCUCGUCUGGCACCUCACCAAGGACGCAGCCGCCUCCGCCGAUGGCGGAUCAUCGGCGGUCUACGGCGUCCCCCGCCGCCGUUUGACUGGUCACUCCCAUUUCGUUCAGGAUGUGGUUCUCUCCUCCGACGGGCAGUUCGCGUUGUCCGGCUCCUGGGACGGCGACCUCCGUCUGUGGGAUCUCAACACUGGGGCCACAACGCGCCGGUUCGUGGGGCACGGCAAGGACGUCCUCUCUGUCGCAUUUUCUGUUGAUAACCGGCAGAUCGUCUCCGCCUCUCGCGACCGCACCAUCAAGCUCUGGAACACCCUCGGCGAGUGCAAGUACACGAUCCAGGACGGCGACGGCCACACUAAUUGGGUGAGCUGUGUCCGCUUCAGCCCCAACAGCGUUGUCCCCACCAUCGUUUCCGCCUCCUGGGACCGGACCGUGAAGGCUUGGAAUCUCAGCAACUGCAAGCUCAGAUACACCCUCAAAGGCCACGGUGGCUAUGUCAACACUGUUGCCGUGAGCCCUGACGGCUCGCUGUGCGCCAGCGGUGGCAAAGAUGGCGUAACUCUUCUCUGGGACCUGCAGGAGGGGAAGAGACUCUACUCUCUCGACGCUGGUGCCAUCAUUCAUGCCCUCUGCUUCAGUCCCAACAGGUACUGGCUCUGCGCUGCCACCCAGGACAGCAUCAAGAUUUGGGAUCUCGAGAGUAAGCUCGUCGUCCAGGAUCUCAAGCCGGAGGCAACCAUUGGCAAGAACCAGGUAUGCGAGCCUCCUUUGUAAAUUGAUAUUUUUUCUAAUAUUUGGGAUUAAUCGUCUGUAUUUUUUCUAAUAUUUGGGAUUAACCAUUAGCAUCUUUUUAUGUUCUGUACAUUGGUCAAGGAUCAGGAUCACUUCCAUAAAUCAGCUAUUCACUUUGAUGUUGCAGCUUUUCUUCAUUCUGCUCAUUUUUUUUGUAGUUUACUUCUAAAUGGUUGUGGUUAUGUGGAUGAGAAUGCAUUUUCUGGUGACCUCAUUCAUUAUACCAUGUAGGUUGUGAAUUUUUCCUUUGAGGACUAAUGCUGUUCGUUUAACUUCAUUAACAAAAUUACCCUCUAUUGCUUGUUUCCAUGGUACACUUCGGAGUUCAGAUGAUCACCACCGAGAAUUGAGCUCUGUUGAUUAAUGUUGGAUUCUCUUUGGAUUUUUUGUGGUUUAGUUACAUGGUUGAGAUCACCCGGUAUUUCAUAUUUUAUUAUUUUUUUUACUUGCUUCAUCUUUUCUUCUAGACAUCUUUUUGCUCAAGUAAUUCCUCUCCGUAGUAAUUUGGUGGAAAUCGGUCUUCUAGUUACCGUGCCUUCCCACUAUCAGUUUGCUUUGCUUGUGUUGCCCAUCUAUAUCAGGUUGCUGUCUUCUAGCUUCAUCUGUGUAUUUCUUCUACUCAUAUUAUCACGUAAUAAGGAAAAUAAACCGCAUGGACAAUUGUCUGGACAUCGAGGAGGAGAACUUCAAUCUUGCACGGGCCGUCUCACUUCUUCUACACCUUGUGUUGUUGGAAAGCAAAAAUAUUCGAUUAUUGUCCAUAAUAUCAGCAGAAGAUUACCUUUCCCACUACUAAAACACUUUUUUCUUUUUGAUGAUUAACAAAAUUCUGGGUCUUAUCCUUUGCUGCUUUUUCUUUGCUUCUUUUAAUGACUCCGUGGUCCAAGUUCUUCUGUUAUGUGAAGAUCAUUAUUUGGGUUGACUUAGAUCCAACAUAAUUAGGCAUAAUUAGGCAAAUAGAUUGAUCCAGAUGUGUUUCAAGGGCUGGAGUUAUGAUAAAAUGGACGAGUCGAGCGAGUCUUGGGCUGGACAACAUUUGAAGCUCUCCGGACAUGACUUCAUUUUUUUCUACUUUAUAUUAUAAGAAAACAUUAAAUAAUACAACCCAUGUAAAAAAAUAAAUUUAAUCAUGCGAUUUGAUCCUGCGCAAGGAUUUGAUCUUUGAUUAAGUUUGUCUACUUUGUGCCAACUUGCAUGAGUUGACUCAGCACGGCAAACUGUGAUGUCUAGGAUAAGCCUGGUGCGGCGGAAUUCAUGGCUACGCUGUCAUAGAAAUGGGAAUUCGCAUCAAGAAACAGAGCCCAUGGAAGCAGCACAGAACUCUCCAAGGGAAGUAUUUGGCUCUAGCUUGCAUUCACCUGCUCACAUGAGGAUCUUUUCUACCACAUGGCAAGCUUGAUCGAGCUCCAGUGCUUCUCAUCCUCCCCCAAACACUCCGAUUCUACUUCUCUACCUGAUUCCUCAAGAUCUCGGCACAUUUAUUUUCUUCUUCGUCGAGCCUGAAUCUUGCAGAAAUCGUAAUGAUCGUUUGGUUGCUGGUUCCUCUGAUGCUCAUCAGUUUCUUCGGAUAAAAUCAUUAAUACAACAGAAAAAAAAACUGCGAUCUCUACUUUCCUUUCUGUUCUUUCAAAUAUUGGGUUUGAUGUAUGGAACCUCCUAUCCAUGGCGCAGGUGCUCUACUGCACCAGCCUGAGCUGGAGCUCCGACGGCAGCACCCUCUUCUCCGGCUACACCGACGGCGUCAUCCGGGUCUGGGGCAUCAGCCGCGCCUACUAG